AAGGGUUUCCAAGAGCGCAUUACCAUAUUCCAGAGGGUGGUUCGAAGAAAAAUAUUGACACUGAACGUAUCGGAUCACACUUGACUUGAUGGAUUUACGUAGACCUGCAAUCGUAUCGAUUACCAAUUCACCGGAGACGCGGUUUGGCGAUGCUCCUGUCAUGUGCAGGAUGCGAGAAACCAAUUAUGGAUCAGUACCUGCUGAAUGUUUUGGACCGAGCAUGGCACGUCGAGUGCGUCCGCUGUUUCGAUUGCAGAACCACGUUACAGGACAAGUGUUUCUCCAGGGAGGCGAAGCUCUUCUGCAGGGAGGACUUCUUCAGGCGAUACGGUACGAAAUGCAGUGGUUGCCUCCAAGGGAUAAGCCCUCAGGACCUCGUGAGGAAGGCAAGGGACAAGGUUUUCCACUUGAAUUGCUUCACCUGCCUGGUGUGUCGGAAGCAGAUGAGCACCGGAGAGGAGCUCUACGUCCUGGACGACAACAAGUUCGUCUGCAAGCAGGACUACCUGUCGGGCAAGCCGUUGCCGGACACGCAUCACGUGCACGGUCAUCAUGAAUCGUCCAACCUGUCGACAGGAGGUGACUCGUUGAUGGGUUCAGGAUCGGAAGACGAGGACGAGGAUGGUAGUGGUCACCAUCAUCACAGCGGUGUCGGAGGUUCUCACCUGGGACCCCAUAAUCUGGGUACAGGUGGUCCUGGUGAUCAAACGGUCGGGCACACGGGAGAUCUACCUCUUGGAAGCGAUCCCUGUAAGCAGGAGGACUCCGAGGAUCAAGGUUCCCUGGAUGGAGAUCCCGAGACGAGGGAUAGCCAAACGGAGAACAAAAGUCCGGACGGUGGUGCCGGUGGUGGUAGCGGCGACGGGGGCGCCGGUUCGAAGAGGCGAGGUCCAAGAACGACCAUAAAGGCGAAACAGUUGGAGAUUCUCAAGUCAGCAUUUUCCUCAACUCCGAAGCCCACCAGGCACAUCAGGGAACAGUUAGCGAAAGAGACCGGCCUGCCCAUGAGAGUGAUACAGGUCUGGUUUCAAAAUAAGAGGAGCAAGGAGCGUAGGUUAAAACAACUUACGUCGAUGGGCAGGAGCCCGUUCUUCGGAGGCUCUAGAAAAAUGAGGGGCUUCCCAUUGAACCUGAAUCCCGGCGCUUUGGGCGGUGAGGACGGACCGCCGCCUGGUUUUCCAUAUUUCAGCGCGGAGAAGUUCGAAUUUGGUUACAGCGGACCCAUGGCGUUUCACCCUGAAUUCUUUGGUGCUCAUCAACCUCCUCAUCCUCACGGACCGCCCUUUAGCGGACCAGGUAAUCCUGUACGUAAUCUGUUUCUGACAGGUUUGGACCCGGCGAGUUUAGCGGGUAUGGCAGCCGCAGUGGCGGUGACAGGAGAAUAUCCACCUCCGGGUGCGGGAGGUGGCCCUCCGGAAUUUCUCACGGGCCCUCCUGGACAGGGGCCCCCUGCACCUCCUGGCGGUAGUCCUGAGUUCCUAGCACCUUCAGGUGGAGCACAGGGUAAUCCCAGUGCCGGUGGAAACGGCGGUGGUCCAGGUGGCGGCGGCGGCGGGGGCGGGUUCCUGGAGCCGCACCAGAUGCAGAGCGAAGGUCUGGCCUGGUAGUACGAGUUUUAAUUAUCCUUCGUUUUCGUAUUUCGUUGCUUUCCAUCGGCCACAAAAGUGAGCAUCGAUGAUUCCGAGAAAAAUCGAUUGCUCGCAACCCGAUUGGACGAGCCCGUUCCACUUUGUUCCGGUUCGAGAUUUUUGUCCACGACCAAAAGAGGGGCAAGGCUCCUUCGUUAAAGUCGACCAUUAAAGUUUUGUAAGUUACGUUUCUGUAAGAUACGAUAAAACGAUCGAUCGUUUUAGCUUCGUUUUUCUUUUUUUUUCUCACGACCGUUAUCAUUCUCCAUUAUUAACAUUAUCUUUAUUAUUAUUAUUAUUAUUAUUAUUAUUAUUAUUAUUAUAUUAUUAUUAUUAUUAUUAUGUCAAUCGGUUAACAUCGAAGUUACUAUUUUAUUAUUAUUUUUAUUAUUAUUACGAAUUAUUAGAUGUUAAUAUUAUUGUGUAUAAAAUUUCGAAUGUCCUAUCGUGUAAUAUUAUACCCUCCCUGUUGAUUAAUUUUCGACGUUACUUUUAAGAAACAUCCUGUAGAUAUCUGCUGUUCUAUACAACCGAGACACCUACACAAUGACACGAUGUAUGUACAUCUUUAUACAGUGUCGCUCAUAAAUAUGGAGCGUAUUAAGAUUUCAAAACGAAAGCCAAUAAAAAUUGAAACGUUUGAAAAAGUAUACUUUGCCCGGAAAUGGAAAAUUGUUUCAAAUAUUUCAGCGACACUGUAUCAGGUACGUAACAACGUUAUACCCAACACAAACACCGUGCAAAACAGUUACACGCGUACAGGUGACACAGAGUAACACGUGCGUAAAUGAUACACUUAACAACGUUGUACUAAUUAUCAUUAAAGUAUAAAUAUAAAUAGGAAUGUGUAACCUGUAACUGUUAAGGCGGCAAUCGAUGUAAAUAAAAACUGUCUUAUCCUUUUUUUUUUCUGUUGCGAAGAGCGCGCGAUCAAACGUUUGUUGGUUGGAUUCUGUAUCACCGAAUCGUGUCUGUAAUUGUAACUGCAUUGCAAUUGUCACAAGAGAGAAAGAGACACGCCGCCGCGAUGCAUAAUGAUUAUAAAUAUUAUUAUAAUAAACCACCUCGUAUUUCCGUA